AUGGCAGCCAACCCCGUCCAGAAUGGACUCUUCGUCCACGAGAACACCACCCCUCCCGCACACCCCAGCCUAAUGCAGAUGUUCUCUCUCAAGGGCAAAACCGCCAUCGUCACAGGUGCUACGGCCGGCAUUGGAUUCGCCGUGGCCAACGGUUUAGCCGAGGCCGGAGCCAACGUCGCCAUCUGGUGGAAUACCAACGAGAAGGCGGCGGAGAGCGCGGCGAAGAUUGCCGAAAAAUACGGUGUUCAGACCAAGGCGUACAAGGUUGAAAUCAACGACCCCCAAGCCGUGCAAGAAGCGGUCGACCAGGUGGUGAAGGACUUCAACGGCCGACUGGACGUCUUCAUCGCCAAUGCCGGGGUCGCCUGGGUGAAGGGCCCGAUGGUCGAUGCUCCAUUGGAGCACUACGAGCACGUGGUGGGCGCCGACCUGAACGGCACCUUCUACUGUGCCCGGGCGGCCGCCAGCCACUGGCGCCGACAGAAGGAACAGGGCACGGAUCUGUUCGGCAACCCGCUGGAGAACUUCUCGUACGGGAGCUUUGUGGCUACCGCGUCGAUGAGCGGGCAUAUUGUCAACAUCCCCCAGAUGCAGGCGGCGUACAACGCAGCCAAAGCGGGGGUCAUUCAUCUUUGCAAGUCUUUAGCUGUUGAAUGGGUCCGGUUCGCUCGGGCCAACAGCGUUUCCCCGGGUUACAUCGCGACGGAGCUGUCCAACUUCGUGCAGGACGACACCAAGAAGAUCUGGCGGGACAAAAUCCCCAUGGGCCGGGAGGGUCUUCCGGAGGAGUUGAAGGGCGCCUACCUGUAUCUGGCCUCGGAUGCGUCCAGCUACACGACGGGGGCUGAUCUUGUGGUGGACGGCGGGUACUGUGCUCCGUAG